AUGAGUUUUUAUUAUAGUUAAAUAAUUAUUGUCAUAUUAUUGGAACAAUAACAAAAAAGAAAAAAAAAAAAAAGUUAAGUACUUUUAUUAGAAUAUAAAAAAAGAAAAAAAUGAAACCUCGCAGUAGAUCACGUUCACGAUCUGUAUCACGUUCAAGAAGUAGGUCAAGAAAACGCUCUCGAUCUCGAUCUCGAUCGAGAUCGCGAUCACGAUCAAGAAGUCGUUCAAGAAGUCGAUCAUUGAGACGGGGCUCUAAAUCCGUUAAACGUUUUGGACUUAAUCGUAAAAAAUCAUCAAGCCGUAGACGUAGUCGUAGUCGAUCACGAUCUAACUAGCGUUAAUCAUUUUAAUUUCAAUAUUCAUAUAUAAAUAUAUAUUAAAUUUAUCAUUCUGUUAUUAUUUAGAAAGAAAGAAAAUUUAUCAUUAAUUACAAUUAAAAACAAAAAAUAAAUUUAAAAAAUGCUAUGUGCUAACAAAUUCAUAAAAAAUGAAUGUCUACGCAAUGAUGGUCAUCCAUUUAUUGUUUUAACAGAUUAUUUUAAUAAUCGUAUGGAAUGUAAUCGAACUGAUAAUAAUUAUUCAAUAUCUGAAGAUGAAAAUUUAACCAAAUAUAAUUCUUGUACAUCACGUCCAGCAAUUUGGACAUUUCUUACGUAUAAUUUACAUGAUUAUACAAUUUUACGUGUUGCAUGUAAAUUGAAUGUUAAAAAUUACAUUGAUGAUCAAGAAAAAAUCAGUUCAAAGAGAAGAUAUAGAUACAUACAUUUUAAUCCACCAUAUCCAAUUGACGGUAACAUAAUAUAUUCAGUAGCACCUAUUGGCCCACGGGUACGUUAUAUAGAUACUAAAUUCUUUUAUCCAUUACAUAAGUUAUUUGUAUACUCAAUUGAAUCUUCAUACAUAAAUUAUCAACCGUUAAAAAUUUUAUACGGUAGUAAUAAUAACUGUAGAAAUAUUAUUUAUGAUGCUAACGAUGAAUUUUCUGAUAUUGAUCAUUUCAAAAUAUUGCUGAGUAAUUUAAUUUGGUGUGACGUUAAAAUAAAUUAUACAAUAUGGGAAAAAUGUAAUAAAUUUAUAAUUAAUUAUCGUAAAUACCGUAAAUUAAAAAUUAUUAAUAACUGUAAAUUAUGAAUUUUACCGGAUUAACAAAAAAAUUAAACAUUUCAUUAAAAUUUUUGAUUAUUAUUAUUAUUAUUUUUUUAUGUAUUUAUAGUAUUAAAAAAAAUCAUAACUGAGCUGUGUUAAAUACCUAAAAAUUUAUAAAAAAUAAAGCUAUGGCAUAUCAAGAAAAUGUUGAUGAACUUUUGUCAGAUGCAUUGUCAUUUAAUAAUGAAUUAAAAACAUGUAAUACAAUUCAUAAUUUACAAUGUAAUGAUGAUUUUUUACGAUUAAGUGGUCAUAUGAUUCCAACAAUUUAUGGUAUUGAAACAAUUACGAUACCACAAUUUAUUACUACAAAAAAGGCGGAAAAAUUGCCAACGGAAACAAAAUAUUUGAUAAAAAGUAUAUUAUCUAUCAAAAAUAGUUAUUUAGAUAAAAUAAAAAAUGUUUUGAAUCGAAUUUAUCCAUUGAUUGUUAUCAAUAUCAAUAAAUUUCAUACCUUACGUUUAAUUUAUGAUUGUGAAAUUAAGGAAAUUGAUCGGAAACCACGUAUACGACAGUCAGUAUUUGCUGAAAUGUUUAAUUUAACAUUACAACGUAUUGGGCAUGAUAUCAAAGAUCCUAAAAUUUUGUAUAAAUUUUUAACAUUAUUGUCCGAGCCACUUGAUUGGGUUGAUUAUUAUAAUAUUAUAAAAAAAUAUUGUCACGUUAAUUUUAUGGUCUACAAAAGAGAUUUACCAACAGCAAAAUUGUUUGUACAUAAUUCUGAUCUUAAUUCAACGCCACUUAUUUUAUUACACUUUACAAACAGUCAAGUCAUUGAUCUUAUUGAUAUAUAUGGAAAAGGUUCUCAAUUAUUCCAAAAAUAUAUGAAUUUAUGAAAAAUUUAUUGCUAUUAGUAUAAAAAAAUAAAUGAUUACCGCUUAUUUUUUAUAUUGAUUUAUUAGGUUUUACCGCGCAUUAUGUUGUGA